AUGAAAAAAAAACGAAUACAUUUUGUGAAUAUAAAUUUAAAGAAAAGUUUGUACAAAUGUAAUGAAAUAUAUGACGAUAAAAAUGUUGGAAAAAAUGUUGGAAAAAAUGUUGAAAUAUAUGACAGAAGGAAAUGCUUUGUUUUUACGAGGAAGGUGAAAAUACAGGAGAAAGUUAAACUGGUUGGCAACUUAAAAUACAAUGAAAACGUUCAAAUGUUUGGAAAUAGUUUGAAUAGUGAAAAACAUUUUUACUAUUGCAACUUCUUAUCAUCAGACAUAAUAACACUACUAAAAAUAGAUAUAGAAAGUUUAAAAAAAAAAAAAAAAAAAUCUUAUUUAUAUAUGACCAAUAGAAAAAGUUCAUUUAAAAAAGUUUUACAAAAUUAUAUACAAGAACCUAAUGAUAGUUUAUUUGAAUUAAUUAAAAAUAAAUAUAUUGCCAACUCUAGUUUAUAUAAUUUAUUUGUUAUAUUAAAAUUAGGUCUAUAUUUUAAAAGUGUUGAAAAAUUUAAAGUACACACAUUAGAAGAAUUUAUAAAUAAAAUCGAACAAGCCAAAGAAAAGGAUAGUCAAGAAAGUUUAUAUAAAUUAAAAAAAAAACCUAAAUUAAUAUUAACAUUCAAACAAUUGAGAGAUAAUAAAUUUUUUAUAAAAAAUAAUAAGCUUGAUAAUGAUCUUUACAUUUUUGAUUUUAUCCAUUUUAUAAACAAUAUAAUUAGUAAUGAUAAACCUUCUUUAGAUUUCAUUUUAAAUCAAAUAAAACUGACACAUCAUAAAGUUAGCAAGGACAAUCAUGACCACUCCUUACAAAAUUUACAGAAUUUACAGAAUUUACAAAAUUUACAAACUUCUCAAACCUCUCAGCACAACAAGUUGUCUAACUUAGACGAGAAAAAUCGGUACGAAAAAGAGGGCAGUAGACGACUCGGGUUAAAUUCUAAAAAGUUUAAAUUUACAAAAUUUCAAUUUAAAAAAAAAGAUGAUUGUAUAAAUAGGACAGAUAAAAUCGAUCCUGAUGAAGUAAAAUAUUUUUUUUACAAUAAAAAGGUAAAUACUUUAGGUGUGUAUAAAGAAAUAUAUGAAAAAUCUGAUCAAUAUAAAAAUUUGAAAUUUUAUGAGAGUCUUAAAAAGGGAAGUGAAAAAAAAGAAGUACCUACUAAAUGUUCUGCAGAAGAGUUGAGAGAAAACUAUAUUAAGUGUAAACAUAUAAGAAACAAUUAUAAGACAGAUAAAAUAAAUUUGGAUAAUGACAAAUUGAUAAAUUUUUCUAAUAAUUAUUUAUUAAAGGAAAAUGUUUUAAAUACAUUUUUACAAAUAUGUAUAAAUAAUUAUGAUGAUAAGAUUUAUAAAUAUAUGAAAUAUUUAUAUUUUUCAAAUUUAUAUUUUUAUAAUCCAUUAUUUAUUUUUCAGUAUUUUCAAUUUAUUCCAAUAAGUGAAAAUAAAUAUUUUGAAAAAUAUUUAAAAAUAUUUUUAAAAUUUUUAAAUAAUAUUAUUAUUAAUUUUCACUUUUAUUUAAUUCCAUUUUUUAUAAAUCUAAAUUAUUCGAAGAUUUUUUUUGAAUUUUUUAAAAAACAAAUACAAAUAGAUUGGCCCCAAACGGAUGCAACCAUAUAUAGAGUACUAACUACUGACUUAUCGAUACGAUCCAUUUUUGCAAGUAAUAGAAAGAGCACACAAAAUAAUGCUAAUGAACUAAACUACAAACAGAACCUGGCGUAUGCGUUGGCAGUUUUCUACAGAAUGUAUAAAGAUGAUGUGACUUUGCAAAAGUGGAAAAAAAUUUAUGAGGAUAAUUUUUAUUUUUACAAGACAGAGUAUGACCGAAAAAAAGACCUCGAACUUGUAGGAAGUGAAAAUAUGAUGGAUAUCUUUACAAACUUUUUAAAUUAUAAAACAAUAUUUAAUAAGUACAAAAAGGAGUUAAGUACCAUUUUUUUAGACACCACCUUAUUUCAAAGUUUUAAGAAAAAGGAUGAGAAGGACAUCGAGAAGGUAGACAACCCUAAAACCCAAGCAGAUAAUAAUUCACAAACUACAAAUGGGAUAAAAGAUAAAAACAAUUUUCAAAGAAAAAAAGUAAACUUUUAUAUAGCCACAUUUCAAAAUAUGAAGAAUGGAAAAGUUCAACACUCUUUACUAGAUCAUUGUAAAAACAAAAUAGACAUAAUUUUAAAUGAUAGAAAACUAAAAUAUAAUAAUAUAUCUUUAAAAAAAAAAGAUUUUUUAACAAUAUUUUUAUAUAUAAAUAAAAAUCAUUUUGGAGAAUGCAGUAAUUAUUUAACUAAAUUUAUUUAUUUUUUUUUAAAUGCAUAUAAUGAAAAAGAUAUAAUAAAUAUUUUUGUUAGUUACAUGAAAAAUAGUAGCGGAAUAAAUCAGGACAUAUAUCAACAUGAUCUAUUAUUAAUCAAUAAAAUGUUAAAUAUGUUUAUUUAUAAAAAAAAAAAUUUAUCUUUAAAUAAUAAUAUAAUAAUAUCAAAUAUAUUAGCAAAAUAUCAGCUAUAUAAUAAUAAUUUUUUUUUAUUAGACAAAACAAAUUUUGCAACAGAAAUAAAAGAGACUAACAUACAUUCAUUAGUUGCUCUUAUAUAUUCGAUGGGUAAAUUAAAAAUAAGAAAAAUACAUACACAUUUUUACAAACUAAUUAUAAAAGAAAUUGUAAAAAAAAUUGACAAAAUAAAUGAAUAUGGGUUGUCUUGUUUAUUAUAUGGCUUAAACAAUUUGAUAGAUAAAAAAAAAGAAAGAGAAAUAACCAUCCCUAUAGUAGGCAUAGAAAAAUCGUUACAUUUUAAAAAACAAUUUUUAAAUUCAAAAAAGAAUACUUCCACCGAUAUUGAAAAUGAUGUUAAUUACAAUUUGAAUGAUUUAGUUUCUUCAGAAGAAAUAGCAAAAGUUGAAAAUGAACUAAUAAAAGCUAUAAUAAAUAAAUUAAUUGUUUUUAAAAAUAUGAAUAUAAAUUCUUUUUGUAUUUCUAUAUCUUGUCUAUCUAGACUUAACAUAUUUCCAAUUGAAUUAUAUGAUGAAUUAAAAGAUAUUACUUAUAAAUAUAUGCAUACAGUAAAUGUAACGUCUUUACAACAUCUAUUACAUGCUUUAUCAAAAUAUUAUUUAAAAACAAAAAAGCAAACAAAUAAUUGUGAUGAAAUAAUUUAUGAUAUAUAUAAUUAUUUAUUUAUAUAUAAAUAUAAAGAAAUAUCUUUUAAAUGUGCAUGUAAAUUUUUACAUAUUUUAAGUUUACUAAAUUUAAGGAAUGAAGAUUAUAUAUUGUUACUACUUUUGAUAAUAGCAAAUGAACAAAAAGUGUUAGACAAUAUUUAUGAAAAAAAAAUUGAAAAAAAUAUUUCAACUCGUUUAAUUGGGUCAAAUAUAAAUAAAGAAAGAUUUUCAAAAAAUUUGAUGAACCAAAAUAAUAAUGACAAUAAAAAAAGUUAUUUAUCUGUUGAAGAAUCUACAAAGAAAUAUCCAAAUUCUAUUUUUAAAAAAUUAGAAAAAAUAAAACAAGAUAGUUAUUUUAAAAGUUCUUAUAAUUCAUAUAUGUUCUUUGAUAUAAAAAAUUAUAAAUUUGAUAUGAGUAAUAUUAUUAGCAUUUUCAAAAAUGUUGAUAAUAGUUAUUUAAUAAAUAUAAUAGAAGGUUUACAUAACUUAUCUUAUUAUUCUUAUUUUUCAAUUCACUUAUUUAUAAUUAUUAAAAACAUAUUAAUAAAACAAAUACAUGAUAUGAAAGUUUCAAAUAUUAUAACAUUAUUUUUUUCGUACCUUGAUUUACAUUUUUUUGAUUAUUCUCUAUACAAUAUUGAAUCAAAUUUUUAUAUAACAGACGAGAACAAUGCAAAAAAUACUUGCAACUCAAAAGAUAUCCCUGACUGUUCUACCACAUUUGAUGACCUAGACAAGGUUGAAGAAAGUUUGAAUAUAAAAAUGGAAAAUGAAAAUAUAAAUAAUCAUAUAGAAGACCCAGAAAAUGAUGGCACAUUUUUAAGAGCUCAAUUAAAUAAUGUAUACAAAAGUUUGACAAAUAAUUUUAAAAUAUUAUCUGAGGAAGAAAAAAAAAAACAUGUUGAAGAAUUAAAAAUUAUUAUGACUAGAUUAAAACAAAAUAAAAAUUAUUUUGUUGAAAGUAUUUAUCAAAAUGAUGAUAUAAUUAGUCCUGAAUAUAUUAUAUCUAUGCUAUACGAUUACAACAAUUCAAGUGACAAAUUUUAUAAUGAAACAAAUUAUAUGUCUCCCCCUAAAUUGAGCAAUACACAAGAAUACGUACCAAAUAGUGUAAUAAAUGAAGAGAGAAAAAAAGAGCUAGCUAAAAAAGUUGAACAAAAUAAUAUAAGCUUUGAUGAAAACCCUAUUUUGUGUUCUACAAAAAAGACAUACAAUUUUGAUGAAAUAAAAAAUAUUGUUGAUAAUUUUUGGUCGGAAAAAUCACAAAAAAUAAACUUAAAAAAUAAAAGCUUAAGUGAAAAAUUAGAAAAAAAACAAUAUUAUGAAAAUUUAUUAUUUUUAAAAUAUAGAGAAUAUUACAAAGAAGAUUUAGUUAAUCUAUGUUUAGAAACUUUAUUAAAAAAUACAAAUUAUAUUUUAAAUAAUUAUAAACAAUAUAAAAAUUGUAGUAUAUUUUUUUUAUCACUUUUUUAUAACAUAUUCUUCCCAUACACCAAUAAUGAUAUAUUUAUAUUUUUUAAAUCCAUACAAAAAAAUUAUAAUAUUUACAACGAACCAAAGAAUUAUAAAAAUAUUCAUAACUUUGAAAGCAUACUAAAAAAUAUUGAGUUGUCUGACUUUACUGAAGAUACUAUAAAAAAUAUUGUUGGGUCUAAAAAUUUAUCACAUGCUUUUAUUAAUACCUCAAAAAGUACCCCUCAUCUCAUUAUACCAUAUUUAAAUAUUUUGCAACAUGAUAAUAACUUUUUAGAUAAAGCUAUUUUAAAUAAAAAAACAGAAAUUGAAAAUGCAGAAAUUGAUCAAAUAGAUAAUGACCAAGGUAUUGAUACCGAAAAGGAACUCAACCAAACUAACACAAAUAACGACAUUAUAAAUGAAUAUGAAUAUUUUAUAAAUACAUAUAAUUCAGAUUGCACUAUGAAAAAAAUCAAUAUUGAAAAGAUCAUUCCCCUCAACCUUCUUUACAAAUUUUUUCAGUUAUUUAAUUUUAACAUAAACAACAUUCAGUUGAUUCAUCUUUUAAACGAAACAAAUAAAGAAAAUGACUUUACUGAAAAGUCUGAGGAAAAUGACAAUAGUGAAGAUUUAAAGCUAAAAAAAAAAAAUGACAUUUUACCUUACCAAUUCAGAAAUAUACAUUGCCCGUUAAUUCAAAUAAAAAAUAAAACCUUAAUUGUUCAUAAAAAUUCGAAAAAAGUUUUUUCAAAAAAUAUAAAUAUUAUAGACCAUUAUUUUAAACCUUCUCAAGGUUUGAUUAUACAACAUUUGGAUAAUCACAUGAAUACCCUAAUUAAUAUUUAUGUUGAUAUUUAUGUAGUUGCAUAUAAAGUCGAUAUUUUAAUUGAAAGAAAAAAUAAGCACCAUUACACAGGAUAA